AAAAGGGAAUGGGAAUGAAGGAGUCAAGAAGUUCAACAAGAAGAUCUUUUUUCUUCAGGCUUUGAUCUUUUUGGGGAGCCCUACAAGGUAGCUGAAUAUACAAACAAAGGGGACGCCCUUGCCAACCGAGUCCAGAACACUCUUGGAAGUUAUGAUGAAAUGAAGGAUCUGCUCUCUAACCAUUCCAGCCAGAAUCAUCUGGUGGGCAUCCCAAAGAAUUCGGUGCCCCAAACUCCCAUCAGCAAAAGUGAAGCAAGCUUUUAUCCAGAACAAAAGAAUCGGAUGAUCCCAUCUCACCAGGAGAAUACCCACUCCUCAGCACCAAUGCCUCCACCUUCAGUCGUGAUACUCAAUUCCACGCUAAUAAACAGCAACAGAAAAUCAAAAUCUGAGUGGCCACGAGAUAAUCAUAACACUAGCCCUGGACAAGCAUGCCAGGCUAGCAGUCAACCAAACAAGAUACAGACAUCCACACAAGACCCACCUCAAACCCGCCUGGAAGACUUCUUUGUCUACCCAGCUGAGCAACCUCAAAUUGGUACGGCUGAAAAAUCUAACCCAUCUGCAAAGGAAGAUAAUAACCCUAAUUCAGGUGGAGAAGAUGCUUUCAAAGAAAUCUUUCAGUCGAAUUCACCAGAAGAAUCAGAAUUUACAGUCCAAGCUCCUGGGUCUCCCCUAGUUGCCUCAUCUUUAUUAGCUCCCAGCAGUGGCCUUUCAGUCCCAACCUUCCCACCAGGGCUUUACUGCAAAACAAGCAUGGGACAACAAAAACCAACUGCAUAUGUAAGGCCCAUGGAUGGGCAGGACCAGGCAACUGACAUCUCUCCGACACUGAAGCCUUCCAUUGAAUUUGAGAACAGUUUUGGAAACCUCUCUUUUGGAUCACUGUUGGAUGGGAAACCCAGUGCAGCCAGUACAAAGAACAAACUGCCAAAGUUCACAAUCCUGCAAACAAGUGAAGUAAGCCUUACCAGCGAGCCAAGCUGUGUUGAGGAAAUCUUGCGGGAAUCUCAGCAUCUGACUCCAGGAUUCACCUUACAAAAGUGGAGCGACCCAAGCAGCAGAGCUUCAACAAAGUCAGUACCACUCAAGUCGUGAGUAUUUGCCCUCCCAGAGUACAGUGCUGAGCUGCCACUCCCUUGUUAUUUUUCCUUUGAGACUAUGAACCUUUACUCCUGUUUUCAAGCUUGUAAGGGAGUAAUCAAAUUCUCAUUCCCUUUGUACAUGUCAGUUGCUUAUAUACCAUAAGCUGAGCAGUUUAUCAAUAGGAGACAUAGAUGCCUAACACUUCUAGAUUCUAGAAAGUCAGAGGUAAAGUCAGAGCUGUCUGUUGAAAUAGCCUCAUUUUCACUCUAAGCUCAUAUUGUAGUAGUGGCAAGCGCCUCUCUAAAGUAGCUCUUAUAAAGACACAAAUCCUAUUAAUGAAGGCUCUACUUUGUGACAGAAUUAGCUCUUCAGUGUCCCACCUCCUAGUACUGUUACCUCCUGGGGAAGGAUGGCAAAUAUAUAUCUUUAGUAGACACAAUCAUUUAAACUGAAGUGCCUAUGGUCAGCAAGUAAGAGUAAAAGUGAACGUGGGUCAGUAACCUGCUAUCCAAUGAUGUUGACGUGGUCUAGGUCAAUACCUGAAAAGUACUGUGACUUCAGUGAAAACGGUCCAAACACUGGUUUCUCACAUUUGGAUGGUGUUUUGAGCUUCACUUAACUUUAGUACAACUGGCUGUCCAGUUACUAGAAAGGACAAAGAAUGGACAAGAAAGUCAAUGUGGCUUGCCAAGUCUCCACUGAUGGUAGAUCAUCUGUCAUCUGUUUGUUAUAGCCAAAUAAGAACAGCUAGGGAGGCUGAGAAAAAGAUGGCAGAGUAAGAGUGAAGUUUAGAAGUCAGAACCUUGCAAUUCACUCUGCGCUCUCUUCAUUU